GCCGGGCAGGCGGCCUGCGUGGUGCUGCGUCAUCGCCAGUGGCCGGUUUGAAUGAGGCUCUCGUCGCAGCGUGUCUGCCGCCGCCACCGCUCCUCCGCCUCGGCCGCUGCCACAGCUUCUUCGCGGCCCUCUCCCUUCGCCGCCCUUGCCAGGCCCAGCCUUCCUGCGCCGCCGCCGCCGCCGCCUCCCCGCGUGCCCCGCCAUGCCGCUCUACUCCGUUACUGUGAAAUGGGGAAAGGAGAAAUUUGAAGGUGUAGAAUUGAAUACUGAUGAACCUCCGAUGGUGUUCAAGGCUCAGCUUUUUGCACUGACUGGAGUCCAGCCGGCCAGACAGAAAGUUAUGGUGAAAGGAGGAACAUUGAAGGAUGAUGAUUGGGGAAACAUCAAAAUAAAAAAUGGAAUGACUCUACUAAUGAUGGGGUCAGCAGAUGCUCUGCCUGAGGAACCCUCAGCUAAAACUGUCUUUGUAGAAGACAUGACAGAAGAACAGUUAGCAUCUGCUAUGGAAUUACCAUGUGGAUUGACAAACCUUGGUAACACUUGUUACAUGAAUGCUACAGUUCAGUGUAUUCGUUCUGUGCCUGAACUCAAAGAUGCCCUUAAAAGGUAUGCAGGUGCCUUGAGAGCUUCAGGGGAAAUGGCUUCAGCACAGUAUAUUACUGCAGCCCUUAGAGAUUUGUUUGAUUCCAUGGAUAAAACUUCUUCUAGUAUUCCACCUAUUAUUCUGCUGCAGUUUUUGCACAUGGCUUUUCCACAGUUUGCAGAGAAGGGUGAACAAGGACAAUAUCUUCAACAGGAUGCUAAUGAAUGUUGGAUACAAAUGAUGCGAGUAUUGCAACAAAAAUUGGAAGCUGUAGAGGAUGAUACUGUUAAAGAGACAGAUUCUUCAUCUGCAUCAGCAGUGACACCUAAAAAGAAAAGUUUAAUUGAUCAAUUCUUCGGAGUUGAAUUUGAAACUACCAUGAAAUGUACAGAAUCUGAAGAAGAAGAUGUCACUAAAGGAAAGGAAAGUCAGCUUCAGCUUAGCUGUUUUAUCAAUCAAGAAGUCAAGUAUCUUUUUACAGGACUUAAGCUGCGACUUCAGGAAGAAAUCACCAAACAGUCUCCAACAUUGCAAAGAAAUGCUUUGUACAUCAAAUCUUCCAAGAUCAGUCGGUUACCUGCUUACUUGACUAUUCAAAUGGUUCGAUUUUUUUAUAAAGAGAAGGAAUCUGUGAAUGCUAAAGUUCUUAAGGAUGUUAAAUUUCCCCUUAUGUUGGAUGUGUAUGAACUAUGUACACCAGAACUUCAAGAGAAAAUGAUUUCUUUUCGAUCAAAAUUCAAGGAUCUAGAGGAUAAAAAAGUAAAUCAGCAGCCAAAGACAAGUGACAAAAAGAGUAGUCCCCAAAAAGAAGUUAAGUAUGAACCCUUUUCUUUUGCUGAUGACAUUGGCUCCAAUAAUUGUGGAUACUAUGACUUACAAGCAGUGCUGACACAUCAGGGAAGGUCUAGCUCUUCAGGUCAUUAUGUUUCAUGGGUGAAAAGGAAACAAGAUGAAUGGAUUAAGUUUGAUGAUGAUAAGGUCAGCAUCGUGACACCAGAAGAUAUCUUGCGGCUUUCUGGUGGUGGAGACUGGCAUAUAGCUUAUGUUCUACUCUAUGGGCCUCGCAGAAUUGAAAUAAUGGAAGAGGAAAGUGAACAGUAAUCUUCAUUUUAGCUAUUUAUGCUUAGGUGUGAAAUAAAUGUUAUUUGUUGAUCAUUUCUAUAACCCAGAGCUUUAGAGGAAGAGGUUUAGGUGGUUUUAAUGUGUUUCCCCUCAUGUGGAACAAAAGAGGGCAGAAGCAGACCACUCUGUUAUUGACCUAAAAAAUUACAGAAAAGAGAAAAUUGCUUUUGGACUAUGCUGCCCUGUAUAAAGGUGGCAGGAAGACAUUUUUAAAAAGCUUAUUUCUUGGGUUAAUUUUUAAAAAUUAUGAGUUGAGAUGCCUUUCAACCAUUACCUCCUGUGCUAAUUUUUCUCCCUUUUUCAGCCCAAGAUUCAGCAAUCAGAUGUUUAUUGCACACCUGUUACCCUAUUAUUUGUUGUUCUUGCAUGGUUCAAACCACCAGUGAUUCAGUAGCUGCCCAUCCUUUGCCUUAUCUAACAAAAAAUUUUGCCAGAAAGGUGGAAAGGAAGGAAGUGUUGAUCUCAUUGUGUAACUCAGUGCUGCUGUCCCCAUCCCAUGGAAACAUGGGUACAAUCAAGUAUUUGUCCAGCCUGAUUGUUGCUGGCUUUCCAUGACUUUAAAAUAAAUUGUGAUCAAUAAUA